CAGUGGUUGAGGCGGUAGCUGUGCGUAAAGAGCCGUGCAAGUGAAACUGCUUUUGCUGGGUUGGUAGAAUAAUAAUAUUCAGUGUAGCUGUCUCCCUCAAGAUGGAUAUGAAGAAAAGAAUUCAUCUAGAGCUGCGGAACCGAACACCGUCAGACGUUAAAGAACUUGUUCUAGACAACUGUCGUUCAAAUGAAGGCAAAAUCGAGGGCCUCACAGAUGAAUUUGAAGAACUGGAAUUUCUGAGCACAAUUAAUGUAGGCUUGACAUCAGUCGCAAACUUGCCCAAGUUAAACAAACUUAAAAAGCUUGAGCUCAGCGACAACAGAAUCUCAGGAGGUCUGGAAGUGCUGGCGGAAAGAUGCCCGAACCUCACACAUCUCAACCUCAGUGGUAACAAAAUCAAAGACCUCAGCACAAUGGAGCCCCUGAAAAAGUUGGAAAGCCUAAAAAGUUUAGACUUGUUCAACUGUGAGGUAACAAACCUUAACGACUACAGAGAAAAUGUGUUCAAGCUGCUUCCUCAGUUGACGUACCUCGACGGGUACGACAAAGAGGAUAAAGAAGCACCAGACUCGGACGCAGAGGCUUACGCGGGGGAACUGGAUGAUGACGAUGACGACGAAGAUGAGGUAGAUGAGGAGGAGUAUGAUGAGGCCGCUGCGGGAGAUGAGGAAGAAGAGGAAGGUGAAGAGGAGGAGGAAGAUGAGGAAGAAGGAGAGGAGGAAGAGGAGGAUAAUGUCAGUGAAGAAGAGGAGGAAGAGGAAGAGUUAAAUGAUGGAGAGGUAGAUGAAGAAGAGGAGGAUGACUAUGAAGAAGAGCGGGGGCAGAAAAGGAAAAGAGAUACAGAGGAUGAAGGGGAAGAUGAGGAUUAGACCUCAAACCCACCCUUUCAUCCUUAGUUGUGACCUGACUGUUUAACCGUGUAUUUUCCCUGUAUUUUCUAAGAUGUUAUGUUGCAGUGGGAAUGGGCGGUGUUAUCUUGGUUUGGUAUGGGAGCGAGGGGUAGCCACACUUUUUUUUUUCUAAAUUGUAAUUCCCAUUAUUUCUCCUUUACUCUGUUUUCUUUGAACUGUACAGGAAAGACAGUAGCAGUAAUUUCUUCACGUUGGAAUGGACAGUACACCCAGUGUAAAGACUUUUUCCUUUACUGUGUUAUUGAUGCCUAAAUGUGUAUACAGAUUGCUGAUGACUUGUGUAUUUAAAGAUAAAAGAAAAAAAUAUACCAAAAACUUUUUUUUGCAUUAAGAGUGCAUGUCUGAAUAUAAUUUUAAUGUUGACCUCUGGGUUUUCAGAAAUCACCUUUACGUACUUCUACUCUAAAAUUUUUUUUAGUUUUUUUUUCUUUUCUGUUAGUGUAAAAUGUGCACCUGUGAUGUCAUCAGAAUAUUGUAUGUGCUGUUUAGGCAUGGUGACAAAUGCACCAUUCUGUCAGUUGGAACAUGCACAAAAAUCACCACAAUGUGAACUUUUUUGUUUGUUCCGGAAGGAAUGCCUGCCAUUAUCAGAAAAUAA